AUGCCCCAAGCACUGCAUCCUGGGCUGAAAAGUGCUUUAGAUGCGUAUCGAAAGAAGAAGAAUUUCAACGCCAUCGAGUGGAUUGAGAGCAAGUGCAGUAAGCUGAACAGCUAUAUGAGGGCUCAUGGACUCAAGGCUUGUGUCACAAAUGUUUCCGGCGGUAUUGAUUCGGCCGUCGUUAUUGCACUUUGUGCAAGGGCGAUGAAGAGCGUGGAGAGCCCGAUUGUUAAGAAUGUGGGCGUGUGUCAGCCGAUCAAAAGUAGUGAUUGGGCCCUGGCCCGAGGGAGGGAGAACAUCGCGGCUUGUCAGGCGACGGAGGUUAUCGUGGAUCAGACUCACCUACAUACACAGCUUUCGGGAGUCAUCGGGGAUGCAGUAGGGAUUCAGGCGAAGGACUUUGCGUCUGGACAACUACGCUGCUAUAUGCGCACACCCACUAUCUAUUACAUAACUCAGCUCUUGAACCAAGAGGGUACCCCCGCGAUUGUGAUGGGUACCGGAAACAAAGACGAGGAUUUUUAUUUGGGUUAUUUUUGCAAGGCUGGGGACGGCAUUGUGGAUUUGCAAUUGAUCUCAGAUCUGCAUAAGAGCGAGGUGUAUAUGGUGGCAGAGGCUCUGGGGGUGCCAGAAAACACUCGGCGUGCGCCCGCUUCCGCCGAUCUCUGGGAGGGUCACACCGAUGAGGACGAGCUUGGCUUUCCGUACGAUUUUGUGGAGUUUUUUACAGGUUGGUACAUUGAUCAAAGUGAGACGGAUAAGAUUGACUUUAUUGAAGGUCUUAGCCCUGAGGCUCGUCAUCAAUUUAAAGCGUAUGCUAGAGCAUGUGAGGAUGUGCAUCGGCGUAAUGCGCAUAAGCUAAAUGGAUUAGUUGUUCUGUAA